GCGCAUGCGCAGAAUGACAGCGCCUCAGCGGUGACUAGCUAGUUUCUUGUCAGAGCUUUUUCCCAACGAUUGUAAACAGUUGCUGUUUAACAGGUAUUGGUUUCUGGCAAGCAGGGUUUAGGCGACCAAGGCGUGAAAGAAUAUGCCCAAAAACAAAGGUAAAGGAGGUAAGAAUCGGCGACGUGGAAAGAAUGAAAAUGAGUCUGAGAAGAGAGAGCUGGUGUUCAAAGAGGAUGGACAGGAAUAUGCUCAGGUGAUUAAAAUGUUGGGGAACGGACGACUGGAAGCCAUGUGCUUCGAUGGAACCAAGCGGCUUUGCCACAUCAGGGGAAAACUCCGGAAAAAGGUUUGGAUUAACACGUCGGACAUCAUCCUGGUUGGACUGAGAGAUUACCAGGACAACAAGGCUGACGUUAUCCUCAAGUACAACGCAGACGAGGCUCGCAGUUUGAAGGCCUACGGAGAGCUGCCAGAACACGCCAAAAUCAACGAGACGGACACCUUCGGGCCUGGGGACGAUGAUGAGAUCCAGUUUGAUGACAUUGGCGAUGAUGAUGAGGACAUUGAUGAUAUCUAAAGACCUACUACAUGAGGGGGAAGGUGGGAUUUACUAGAGAUGCUCCGAUUGGAAUAUUUUGAGCCACACCAAUAAAUAUUUUUUAUUGAGAUCAGCCUAAGCCAGUUUGUUUAAAUGUAUUCCAUUUCGUUUAGCAUCAGCAGACGUCUUUGGUGUUUGGAGAAGUGCAUUUCACACAGCUGUAAACAUAACAUCAGUACGAUGAGUUUGUUAAUAUGGAUGAAAUUGUGUAGCUGCUUUAGUAACGGACGAUGCAGCAAAUGUAGGUUGAUUACCAGCAUCCUGUUACUGUGAAUGUCUGGACCAUUGAUAGUUUUUUUUUUUUUUUUCUAACAUCAACAGAUUUGCCGUCUCAUUUGACUUUUUUUUUUUCCACUGCAUUGUCCAAACACUCAUUUGUUGUUUUGUAGAGGCUCAGGCCAUUACUAUUACUGCAAAAUAUCUCAAGUUAAUGCAUCAUCUUUUAAAAUGUAUUUAUAUUGAUUUCACACUAUGUGGAAUUUAGCAACAGGUAAAGAAUCUGUGGAUUCGCCAAUAAAAAGAUAAACCCUUUGUGCUUUUUCUUUUGCAGUCUGUAUCAUUGUAGUUGUAGUUUGGCUGCUUACUAGUGACAGAAGUACAUAACACUGAGUAUGGCUCCAGCUUUGGUUUUUCAUUUUGUUAACAUCUUAUUCCACUGGCAGUGCAUUACUGUGAAGUGUCUCAUUUAGAACUAUUUAGAACACGGCCCGCGGAACCAGAGCCAGUCCCGCUCCAUCGACUCUAGUGAUCACUCAAAUGUGUUUCUGUUCCCUCCCCUUGUUUGUUUGCUGUUUGUUUCUGUGCUCUCUUUUGAACUAUUCGCUGCUUGAUCGUUCUGUGGCUUCAACACGCAGUGAACCAUGGCCUGGUCGGCCAAUUUGUGUCACAUUAGACCAGCGGUUCCCAAACGUCACCACCACAGAGACACACACCAGUAAAACCUCACAACAGAACAGAUUCUCUGAACCUCUAUAAAGUCUAAGUGAUAUAUAAAGUACAUACAUCUAUUUUCUCCCCCCUCACUUUGGGAACCACUGCUCUAGACCACCUGAGGCCUAAUGCUGUAACUGAAUUAAUACAAAUGUACUAUGAUGAUUGAAGGCUGGGUUUCCAAUAAAGAUCUUAACUCCA